CCCCUCAACACCGCGAUUUCUACUUCCUGUGACAACUUCACAUCAUGCCUGAGGGGUCACGGCGUGGCAGCCAGCGAUCGCCCAGUACCACAGCCACCAAGCGUCCCUCCUCAGUCUCGUCUCUGAGUGGGAUUGUGGGUAGGAUGAUGUCGUCUGGCGACCGUGGCGCCUCGUCCUCCUCCUGCACCUCUGUGAACACCGUAUGCUCGGACGGCGAGCGCCCUGCCUCCCUCUCCCUCUCGUCCUCCACCUCCUCAGCAUCUCUUCACGAUGCCUCCCAUUCUUCCUCCUCCUCCUCCUCCUCACUGCCGUACGGUGCCGUGCCGACCUACAACGCCUCCUCGUCCUCCUCCACGCCGAAGAGGAAUGGCUCAGACAUCAGCCUGGACCUCACUCCCUUGGUCACAACGCAAGGUGGAAGAGGAGGAGUCUGUGUCGCCAGGGCGACAGGAGCAGGCUAUUCUGCUGACGGACAUGUAGCCAAUACAAAUGCAGCAGUGAUGGCAGCCACGCCCCGGCAGCUUUCACGGCUGGAGAGAGUCGUGAUGGAGAUCGUAGAGACAGAACAAGCAUACGUCAGAGACCUGAAGAGCAUUGUUGAGGACUACCUCGGCUGCAUCAUUGACUGCGGCACUCUGCCCUUAAAUCCGGAGCAGGUCAGCACUUUGUUCUGCAACAUCGAGGACAUCUACGAGUUCAACAGUGACCUGCUGGAGGAUCUAGAGAGGAGUCCUCAUGCUGUGGCCAUCGCUGAGUGCUUCGUAGAACGGAGUGAAGCCUUUGACAUCUACACAUUAUACUGCAUGAACUACCCCAACUCGGUGGUAGUAUUGAGGGAGUGCAUGAUGAAAAAUGAAAGUCUAAUUCGCUUCUUCCAGGAGAGACAGACAACUCUGAAUCAUUCAUUACCUCUUGAGACAUACCUGCUCAAACCAGUGCAGAGGAUCCUCAAAUACCACUUGCUCCUACAGGAACUCUCAAAGCACUUUGACAAGAGUGCUCCUGGAUAUGAGGUCAUAGAGGAUGCCAUCAUCACCAUGACAGCGGUUGCCUGGUACAUAAAUGACAUGAAGAGGAAACAGGAACAUGCUGUGCGGCUGCAGGAAAUUGAGUCACUGCUGGUGAACUGGAGCGGGCCAGACCUCAGUGGAUUUGGAGAGCUGGUUCUUGAGGGUUCCUUCAAGGUCCACCGAGUGAAGAAGGAGCGCGCGUUCUUCCUGUUCGAUAAGAUGCUGCUGAUCGCCAAGAAGAAGCUGGACCAGUUUGUUUACAGCACGCAUAUAUUCUGCUGUAACCUGCUGCUGGUGGAGACACUGAAGGAUCCGCUGUGUUUCAAAGUGUCGGACCAGACGAUUCCCAAACAGCAGCACACUGUCCAGACAAAGAACCAGGAGGAGAAGCGACUGUGGGUGCACUACCUCAAGAGACUGAUAGUGGAGAACCAUCCUGCUUCACUCCCACAGAAGGCAAGACAAGUCUUGGGAGACAACUUCUGUCAAUCGCCUCAUUUUGCACAGGACAACCUGAAGAAGUCGUCUGCCUCCCCGCGACUCGACGACAUUCACGGCUAUCACAGAGGCAGACGCCAAUCAGGUCAGGAGCCUCCAGAGCUGCUGAUGUACACACCUGAAAAAUCCAGGAAGAGUCUGCCACUGCUGCUGGAAGGAAACCUGCCAUACAGACGCACCAGGAGACAGUCAGCUCCAGCUAAAGACAUUGAAGCAGCAUUUCACCUCAAUGCUUUGAAGCAGGCGGGCAGUGAGGGCGAGUUGUGCCAGGCUGAAAGUCUGGGCUCAGCAGGCAGCACCAGCACACUUGCGUCCUCCGUCAUCGAGGUGGAGGCUGAACGUGUUGAACUGUCCCUAACGCCGCAGCUACGGCGGAAUCAGGAGCAGGAGGACGAGGAAGAAGAGGAGAUGGCCCCUCUAAUCCCUCCUCCCACUCUUUCAAUCACUGAGGAGAUCCUUGAGUUCAUCAACCAGAGCAGAGCCAGGGAGGGCCUCAGCACCAUUCACAACAAUGCCACAAUUUUGGAUCAGCUCAAAGAGAGUCAGUCUCCAACCAGCGAGAACUUCACCUCCCCCCUUCCACCAGUGGCCUGCCUCACCAGCCCAGAAGAAAGACCUGUGAGGCAACAGGAGGAGGAAGUUGCAGAGAUGGAGGAUGUUAGCAUAGUCCAGGGUCUCAGCACAGAAAAUGAGACGACAACAAAUGAGAUCAAAGAAAGUCAAAAUGCAACAUGUGAAGUGGAAAAAGGAGUGGAAGAAAAUAGAGAGAACCAAGAAGAAGGGGUACAGAAAGAGAUAGAAGAAAGUAAAACAAGGGAUGAAGUUGAGGGAGAAGGUAUUAUCACUGCCCCAACAUCAGACUCCAUCUCAGCUGAGGAAGAGCAAGAGAAUAGCAACAGUUGUGAUAUACCCAAGGAAGAGGAGAUCCCUGAGGUCACAACUCACCCCCGAAAUCCAGAUCUCAUUCUCUGCCCUACCAAGAACAGCCUUCCACCUUCGAGAGGCUCCCACCUCACUAAGCGAGACAAGAAAAUCAUUGAAAAAAUACGUAGUUACUAUGAAGCAGCAGCUGAGGCCGAAGAGGAUAAGGUGGAGGAAGAAGAGGAACAAGGAGAAGGAUUGCCAUCAAGAAGAAGGAACAGUUUCUCACAAAUCCCAUCUGGCUUAGUGAAGGAGUCUGUGUCACGCUUUGAUGUGAGUGGUCAUCAGGAAGAGACCGAGAGUGGGCAAUCCAAAGAGAAUGAUCUCUAUUCUCACACUACCCCGAUGUGUUCCCCAACUCCACUAUCAGGUGACACAGAGAAUGAUAGAUGUGCACAUAAACCGAUCAGCUCGUCGGAUUUUGAUGAAGAAAGUCAAAUGAAGACAUCAGCCUAUGCCACAAUGCAGGAAGAGGAUACUGAUACACAGAAUCCGCAUUUAGACCAAAACAGGCCUGUUGGAGAAGAGACAACAAUUGAGGAUCAGAAUGGAAGCAUCUGCAAAGAACCAUCGGAGGAAAGACUAAAGGAACAGGAGGAAGAAAAGAUGAGUGGUGUGGUUACUGGGGAGCAAGGUGGACAACUGCAGCAAGGCGAGGGACUGUCUUCAUCCAAACAUCACACAAACAUAGAUGAAACCACCGAAACAUGUACUGGAAACCAAGCUGACGAGAAUGAUCAUGAACCAGACCAAGUAAAACCAAAGAGAAGCUUCACAAUAUCCGCAUCUCAGUCACUCACAGAACAAUCUCAAAACAUUGAGACUAAAGGUCAUUCCACUGGGACAACCAACAAGAACAGAGACCUGACCAAGACCAGUAAGGACAUUGAAGGCCUUUCUAGCCAGAUAAAUGUUGGUCGAUGGUCCCGACACUCAAAGAUUGUUACUGCGAACCGUGCCUUGUUUGAGGGCAUGGGGUCAGACAUAGCAGGUAUUGGGUUAUUUGAGUCCAGUCCAGCAGUGGACACUGUGCUCAUUGAAAACUCUGAACGUAUUCUGAGCAAGGUCCAAACACUGGCGCGGAUGUACGGCGCUAAACACAGCACCAUGAAGGUCCCACUGCAUCAGAAACGAGCCUAUGGUGCAUGGAACCAGUCACUGGGUUCAUCUCGACCAUCUAGCCAUUCGCCUCAGCUUCAGACUAGAAGCCAGCCACAAGUUCAUUCUCAAACUCAAAACCAAAUCCCAGCUAAACACUGGCAGCAAGUGCAACACCAAAUGGAAAUCAGUCAAUCUGUUAUCUGCACAGAAGGCAAACCAGGACCCCAUGGUCCCUCUGAGACCAAAGUUCAGAGCCAAACCACAACACAAAUUAGACAGCAAUAUCAGAAACAGACUAAAAGUCAGAUGGGGAGUCAGACAAAAACUCAUUUCCAAAGCCAGACCCAGACCGUGACCUGGGAGAACCAGAGGAUUCAGGAAGAGAGUCAGCUCAUGAGAUCUGAGAGCCUGACAGAUGAAUUCCAAGAGACAGUGACGACCCCCUGUGAACCUCUGUUGUUUGGUCAUACAUUUGUCAAAGAGCUGCUAACUCCAGCCUAUCACCAGCAGGCAAACAAAUUUACCCUCUCCAGGCCCAGGGACUUCAUCUCUGCCGGGGGCUGCAGAUCAGGUGUUAGCUCCCAGAUGAACUCUGAAGAAAAUCCAUCGACUACAAUAAGAGAACAAUCAUCCAGUGAAAUCCAGGCUAACACCUACAUCCCAGGCCACUGCUCCACUGAAAGAGCUGUGGCUUCUACAGCACCCAGGCAUCACCUCCGUGCACAAACUGAAGAUCAGGAUGUAGAGGUUUAUGUGGAUACUGAAGGGACAAACAGAAAAGAUGGCAGGUCAAAGCAGAGCAGAGAUGCUGGACAUCCUGUUUAUUCAGAAGAAGACACACUAUGUGGAAACAUCAUGACCCAGCCUCCACACAGAUAUAAGCAGGAUACACCAACUACACAAAAUGCAUCAACCAAAGAUGUACAUAGUGUUCCAGCACACCCUGAAUAUUUGGUUUGCUUAAAGGACAUGGAUGGUGAGGCAUUCCCAGGAGAGAUGGUUCUGAUAGUGGAAUGUACACAGAGCCAGUAUCCUGCAGAGCCUCACUUAGGAGAGCAGUCCCACCUGGAGGAAGGAGGUGCCACCAACACGUCCAGGGCCUCUGGAUGGCCAAAGAAAGAUGAGGCAAUGCAUGAUCCAACUUCUUCAUCACAAACCAAGAUGGCUCUACAGGGCUCAACUGUGAUCUUUUCAGAGGAGCCGCCUCACCUGAGGUCAUCAAAAGAACUGCCCUCACCCCUGAGUCUACCUUUUCAUGUGAACCUUGACCCCUCUCAGGCUUCUGGUCACCCAUUCACGAAUUAUCAGAAAGCAAGAGCAAUGACAACACAAAGGCCAUCAGUUCAAUAUUCAGAAUCAAACUUUCCUCAACAGCACUCUCCAUCAUUGCAGUCUAUAGACUCUCUUCCAACAUUCACCAGCCAGAGGCCACCAGACCUACCCACCAGUAUGGGUAAAUGUGGUCUGUCUAACAUUGUGACUGUCAACAACACCACUCCAAAAGAAUAUAGGGAACAAGACCAGCAGGACUUGGGAUCUCUGACCCUUUUCAGUCUAACACCUCAGUCAGACACCUGCCCACCUUCCAGACCCUUAACAGAGACAGUCAACCUUGUGGAGCAACCGAAGCCAGUGAUGGCCACCUCUAGCCAGGAGACAGAACUCAACCCAGCCCCCUCAGCUUUCAGACCAAGGCUCAGACACCACUCUCCUUCUCCUGUUAGGGCUUGUCCUUCCUCUUCCUACUCUUUCCAAGCACCUCCUUGCCCCUCACCAUUCAGGGUUAUUCCAGCAUUUUCUCCAUCCACUGUAUCUGUGGAAGGCUACACUUCCCCAAACACUGUCUUUGGGGCUCUUUCUUGUUUAUCCCCUACCCCCUCUUCUGACAGGGUGUCCUCAGUGAGACACCCACCUGUCUCUUCUCCUACACAUCACACUACUUCCACCCCAUCCUUUUUUUCUUCAGUGAGGUCUUCAUCAGGAAGAGCAGGUCUUCCUUGUUCCCCUACACCAUCUUCCUGCUCUUCCCCCAUUGCCUCUUCCUCUGUUUUUACCAGAUCCUUAGCUGCCUCCUGUAUCAGUCAGUCCAUCAGUCAGAGUAUGGCCAAACAGAAUGCUGUCCAGCAACAAGCCCCACCCAUAAAUUCAGUAAGUCACAGCCCCUCCUCCACUCCACUCUUACCCUCAUCUAAUCUACGACGGCGUUCCCCCUCCCCAAAACUCACGUCCAAUCAGCAGAGCUGCAGUACACCUGUUUAUGUCCAGCUCGGGUGCACUAUGGAUGGGUACCAACAUCCAAGGUGUUCACCGUCCUCUCUCCAGUCCUCUUAUCCCUCUUUGUCACUUGCUCAAUCACCUCCUUCCUCUCUUUCGCAUCGCUCCCCCUCCCCAUGUAUGAGUAUGGCCCAUCAUCAGUCUUCUUCGCCUCCCCCCCGACCAUCAUUCCUUCAUUCCAAAAAUGACUCACCACAGAAUUCAAACAAUAACAACAACAAUAGGUUCACUGGUUUAACCACUGUAUUCAGCAAUGAAAACAAUAAGAGCAAUUGUUUCAUUAAUGGUGCUGUUAGUAACAGGGGAUGGGCAAGAAGUCCACAGAACAUGCCACAAGCCAAUAGUGGCACUAAUGGUGUAGGAAUUCAAAAAACUCAUGAUCCUCUCUGCUUGGGGUCUCACAACCGUGUAGCUCGGCCUUUUUCUGCAUCUGAGCCCAAUUCACGAGUUCAGUCCCCAACACCUUCCCCGACCCCUGCUGCAUUUACUCGCCUCUGCUCCCCUCCUCUCCAACAUAAUUAUACCUCCCCAAUGGCAAACAAACCUCCCCACCCACGGAGUGCAAGGGCAGGAGGUGCAAGUGCCAAUAAUCCACUUGGUCUUACAUUAGAGCUAUCCACAGCCUCUUCAGCAAGUUCAGCAUUUGUGCUGUCCUCCUCUUGUCUGAGCCCUCGUAUUCUCUCCCCGCCACCCAUUGGUGUGUCAGCAAACAUGUGGACAAAUAAUGUUGCAGCACCUCAACCUAGUAAAGCUAGAUUUCCUCCAUCUUCCUAUUCUCCCUCCCUAAGCCCACCAACAGUGGAGGGAGCCUCUUUUCCCUCUUCCUCUUUGGUUCAACUGCGAAGUUGUGGAGCCUCCACCCUUUCCCGACCCCAUCCUACUACCCCCCAAACACUCCAUAGGUCUUUCUCCUCCAACUUGGCUGACAGACCACCAAGCCCAGCCCGGAGCAACUCUACUGCACUGCGCCGCUCAUGGACAGAGAGCCAUCAUAGGUCCUUUGCUUCAAGUGGAAGUGGUCAAGGGCCCUGUGACCAGCAGGAGUCUUGUCCAACCAGUCCAAGGAGUGGAUGGUCCUCGUAUAACAGCUCACCAUCCUGCCUCAGUCCUCGAGCUGGGCUUCAAUCACCCCUCUCACCUGGCAAGCUUACAUCAGGAAAGGGCACGCUUGGCGGGCAGCAUUUCACCAGUGUGCCCUGGCCUGACGUACAAGAGCUUUCCAACAAAUAUAAUGGGGCUGAUAGCCUUAAUACAAGUGAUGCUUCCACUAUCAUUGCCUCAUCUCCUUCUCUCUCCCCAGUCUCUCAUUCUUUUCUGUACCCUGCGGCUCCAUCAGACAGUCAGACAGACUGGGGAGACCCAGAGGUAGAAGAGGGUAACUGUCGUAACCAGCUCAUCUGCGCCUAUGUUGCCCGGCCCCUCCAUGAACAAAAACUCUCCUCUUCUUGCCUGACCCUGUCCUCCUCAGGCAUGACAUCUCCUCCACCUACCUCCUUUGAGCACCUGAACUACCCAUUCCAAGUUCAACCACAACCUCAGGUCCAAAUUCCCAGCAAAACACUGCCUGCAUCCUCAAACCACUCCCCCUUGCCCUCAAGUUCAUCAUCCUUUCCUUUUUCCAUUUCCUCUCCCAUGAAACCAGGGAACCAGAAGACCAGCUAUGCUACCACAGUCAAUCUCCAGAUUGCUGGGAGUGGCAGAAUAACCUCCUUCAGCACCCCCCAAGUUAGCCUGACCCAAACACUGCAAGGUGGAGCCAGUGGGGGAGGCCCAGUACAAGGGCAGAUGGUGAGGAGAGUAAGCAUUAAUGGACUUUCCCACCUUCCUCCCCCUCUUCAUUAGAAAUAUCAGAUAUUGGAAAGGAGGCCUCUGACUUUCAUGGCCAAAUAAAACAAAGAGGCUUGGACUUGAACCACUGUUUGAGCUAUUAAAAAAUAUUCACAAAUCCAUUUUGAAAAAUGUACGUUUUUAAAUGUCAAAACAUGACUUAAUCUGACCUGAGAACAAGUUUACAUCUGAGGAAUAUAAUAUCAUGGAUUUGAAAGCUAGAUGAUUUGUUGCCUUCACAUAAUGGUUUCUGAGGAUUUCAUCCCGGGACUGUGGAUGCCAGUGGAAAUCCUAUAAAGAUCCUAAUGUUGUAAAGAGAUAAGAGUUACUGUAUGAAACCAUCAUUGGAAAUAUAUCAGUUAGCUUUGAUCUUGUUCUGUGAGAAGCCAAAACCCUGAAUGUCCAGAGCUGCAUGUAAAGAAUUUAAAGAUGUGGAAAUCUGGAUUGGAAAGCUGGUCUCACAUCUGUUCAGUGGACAGUUUACUUUCUGACUUUUUUUUGUAAAAGCCUGUUAAAAGGGAUAGUUGAGCUGUUUGAAAUGUGGUUGUGUGAGGCACUGACACAGAUCUGGAACUAAUAUCUGUCCUCAGUGUUCCAAUCUCAUGUGGACAACAUUAAGGACAACUGUUCACACCAAAUUGCAGCCUGGAUGCAUCUUUUGUGACCACAUGAGAUAGGACAGUCCUUCCUGACCCUCCCAUUUAUCCGGGCUUGGGACCGGCACUAGGAGUACACUGGAUGUGUGCCUGCUUGUCUCUUGCUGAAAUCACAAAGAGGCAUGGUCAACAUUAUCUGUAUGUCAGUACCUCAUACAACCACACAUCAGAAUGAGAUAAGGAGUGAAACCUGCAAACAGACACUUUGAAGGGCCAACGUCCAUCCAGUGCUGAUGCAAUCAUAGUUACUAAUGGAUUAUUAUUGCUGUUUGUUUAUGUUUUUAUUUGAUUAUCUGAGGUCAGUCUUUAAGAUUUGUGAUAGCAGUGUUUUGUUUUUAUUAAUCUUUCAUUAUUUUUUUAAUUAUUUUUAUUUUAUUGUUUAUUUAUGAAGUUAGUCUUAUUAUCUUUGGCACUUAAUAUCCUUAACAUAAUGUUGGUAUUUUGCACAGUGUCCUUUGCGAGUGCAUGUGAGUGUGCGUGUGUGUGUGCGCGCGCGCGUGUGUCAGUCAGUUUCAAAUGACGUGUCUGCCAAGUUGUUUUUCUUCUUCAGACCAAGCCAAUAUCUUUGUUUUUUUUCUCUCGAUUUUUUUUUUCUCUCGGUGCCAAUGUUCGUUAGAGUUGUUACAAGAUGUGAUCAAAAGUCAUUCUUAUCAAAACUUUCCCAGACAUCAAGCCAAAUGCUGUCAAUGGUGGUUUUAGCAAGUGUUCACACUGUACCUGAACCUCUCAGGUAAGAGACCCACUUGUAAAUGAAAAGUCUUGUUUUAUUGAUAUCCUGACAACUGCAGGUUUAAAUGACAACAAAAAACAACAAUUUAUAUAGAAUACCUAUGUUUAAAAUAAACCGAUUUUACUGUUUCACUUUUAUUGGAUUAAAAGAGUAAUGUUUUUGUUGACCUAUUUGUCUGCUCCGACCUCCCAAUAGCUUCUUUCAGACCUGCACUGAAGUCCACAUGAGUGGCUGUAUGUGAGGUGUGAUGCAGAUUUCACCUUCCAGUUCCCUAGUCAGAUGUCCAGAUAAUAUCUGAGUGAACGCCUGUGAGAACAAAGCAGGAAAAGCUCCAGAUAAUUCACAGCAAAUAAGUAGGCAAACAUCCUUCCUCUCCACCUCUCGUCUUGAGUGUUCUGCUAUUGUGAACACAUCCUACCGAGACUUUCUCCCGCUUUGUUCUCUUUGUAUGUAAACAGUAAUCUCUAGAAAAUGUCCAGACUCCUUUUUCUCCUUCAGCCCCGUCAUAAUUAUACAUCCACAAGAGGUCACUGUCACUCAGUAAACCCAAAACAGUGGAAUUUGCCAUGGCAGAAAAUGCUGCUGUGACAAUGGAAAUUAUGAAAAUGUUGGAAGGAGGUUGUGACCGAAAAGUGAUGUGAGGAGCAAAAACAAGAAUGGAACAGGAAUGGAAAAUAGUAUUGUGAAUGUUGACUUACCAUUCACACUAAUUAGAAAUGCGUGGAAGUAUAAGAUGAAAACCACCAGUGAGAUGUGAGGGUUUCGGUGUAGUGCUGGUAACUUGUUUGGACUUGUGUUUUUGGGACUUGAUGAAAUGGAAAUAUGAACUUGAAAAAUAAAGGUGUGUGGUGACAAACCAAAA